UUAUUUGAACCUUUUCUUUCCACCCUAUUGUUUAGGAUGUUUUUGGCUUAUAGCUUAUUCUUCAAAAGUUUUAUGUAAAAUAGUGGAAAUAAAAAUGAAUGUAAUCAUCUAUUUGCAUAUUGGUGGAAGAUGUGGUUGGUUAUUACUAUUCAUAUUCAAUGAUUGAUGCUAGGGAAAAUGUUUUGAUUUUCAAAAAGAAUACAUGAGAAUACCAAAAAAAUAAAAAAUAAAAAUAGAUCUUUUUAUAAAGAAGAAUAAUAGAAAUUGUAAUGGUCUGGUAUCUAAUAUAUGAAUUUUCUUGCAAAUAAUAGAUACUGAAGUGCACUGCCAAAUUUGUUUAAUCGCAUUAUUGCAAUAUUUCAUAAGAUAUGGGCAUUAAUCUACCUAAAAAAUAUUCAUCCAAAAAAAUCAAUCUAAAAAAUAAUUAACAAUUAUCGUAUCCUUGAUUGUCAUAACAUCAUCAGUAUUUGGCUCCUUAAUAUUUGGAUAUUAAUCAUUGGGAUUAUUGCAUUGCAAAUUUUUUAUUUUUUUUUUGUACUACAUGAUGAAGGAUAUCUAUAUUUGUUUUGGGCUUAAAGCUUAUUCUUUAUGUUUUUAUAGUAUGUGCCAACCAUUUAAAAGGAGUGAUUCUAACGUAAAAUGGUAGUUGAAAGUAGUCAUCUAUUUGUAUAAUGGUGGAAGAUGUGGUUACUACUAUUGAAAUUCAUUUAUUGAUUGUAGGUAAAAAGUUGUCACAAAGCAACUCUAACCCUUUUUGUUUCCCUUGCAGAUUCUUACUUGUAAAUACAAUAUAUAGCAGUGUCUCUUUCCUGUAACUGAUUAUCAACCUUGGUUUUAAAUAAUAGUAUUCGAUCAGUUCAUAUCAAAUAGUAUUGGUCAAAAUAUUGACAUUGCAAUUUCAAAAUCUCGAUUUAUUUAGAACCCUACUACUAACCCAUUCCUGAAAAAGAACAGGGCAUUGGAAUUUGGAACCAUAACCCACUUUUCUCUACCCCAAAAUGUUUAUAUAACAUCACAAUGGAUGCUCUUGAUGUUCUUUCUUGUCAAAUCAUUCCCAAAUAACUCAUUUGCCUCCACAUUUACUGUCACUAACAAUUGCCCACAAACAAUCUGGCCUGGAGCACUUGUCGGUUUAGGGACACUGCAACUUUCGACAACAGGGUUCAAAUUGGACUCUGGCCAAAGUGUCAAAAUUUCAGCAUUUCCAGGGUGGUCAGGUUGGAUAUGGGCAAGGACAGGGUGCAAAUUUGAUGAGUCAGGGAUGGGUAUGUGCCAAACAGGGGAUUGGGGUGGGAGGCUGGAGUGUGAUGGCGUUGGAGCCGCACCACCUGCGUCUCUCUUUGAGAUCACGAUGGGCAACGUUGCCAAUGAGAAAGACUUCUAUGAUGUCAGCAUUGUGGAUGGUUAUAAUCUUCCUCAUUGUUGCCCCACCGGAUGUGUUUCAGACCUCAACACAGGUUGCCCAAAAGAGCUUCAGGUGGUCGAUGGGGACAAUAGUGGAGUAGGAAUGGUUGGAUGCAGGAGUGCAUGUGAGGCAUUUGGGCUAGACCAAUAUUGUUGCAGUGGGGAGUUUGCUAACCCAACUACUUGCAGACCCUCUUCUUAUUCCACCAUGUUCAAGACUGCUUGUUCGAGAGCUUAUAACUAUGCAUUUGAUGAUGGUACCAGCACUUUCACUUGCAAGGCUUCCGAUUAUACCAUCAUCUUUUGCCCUAAUCUUGCUUUUGGGGUGAUGAUGAAGCUGAUACCGUUUGUUGCUGCACAUUGAAAGUAGAAAAUGUAAAACCAAUGCCUCCAAAUAUUCUGAAGUUUGACUUCCUUGGUAAAGAUUCAAUUAGAUACCAAAAUGAGGUUGAAGUUGAACUUCCUGUGUUCAAGGAAAAAGUGGCAGCGAUGAUCUUUUUGACAAGCUGGAUACCAAAAAACUAAAUGCUCAUCUGAAGGAACUCAUGCCUGGUCUCACAGCAAAGGUUUUCCGUACAUAUAAUGCAUCUAUAACUUUGGAUGAGAUGCUUCCCUGGAAAAGCUGCUGGUGUGAGAAUAGCCGGCCAAGGUGCUCCAAUAGAAGCUGCUCCAGCCAAGAAGGAAUUAUCAAACUGAAAAUAAGCAACUACAAGACAUGUAUUGACAGAAGUGCCAUUGCUGCAUGUACGAGUGUCAUUGGGACAUGCAAUCCAUGACACAAGGCCUUCACUGGUAAUGUAAGAGAAAAAUAGUUAAUCUAUUUGAAAGGUAUGAUCUUAUACAUCAUGUAUAUUUUGUGCCCUCAUAUAUGUCAACUGGGUCAUGUUUCUUCCACUAUACAAAUAUAAACAUAUAUGUGUAAAUACAAGGGGUUGGGAAGCAAAUGAAUCAAACCUCAGUUCAAUUGCAACAAAAAACCACUUCCUGAGAUAAGGAGACUUAACAAAAAAGCUGAAUUUUUCGAUGUAUCUUUUCCAACAAUUAUAUACAUUGCAUCAUAUUCUUAAGAAUUGUACAUUUUUUAAGAGUACAAGAUAUUUAUGUUAAAAUGCUCAUUUUCAGAUCACUAGGGCUGACCCUUUUUCAGUGUAAAAUGCUCAUUUUCAGAUCACUCAUCCACACCCUAGCUUGCUUGUUUUGUCAUAGGAUACGUUGUUUUGGUUCUUGGGCUGUUUAUAAAAUUUCUCCUCUUCAAAAAAAUAAAAAAU